AUGGUCUUGACAAAUAAUAUCACCUCCAUUUUUCUUCUGGGAUUUCCAUAUCUUCAUCACUUCACAUUUUUGUUCUUCUCACUAUUGGUUAUUAUAUACUAUGGGACCAUUACAGGUAACCUUAUUAUUAUAGCCUUGUAUUUGGUGAGUAAAUCCCUUCAGUCUCCCAUGUACUUCUUCAUUACACAGCUAUCAAUAUGUGACCUCCUGGUGACUACAGAUAUUGUCCCCGUCCUUCUUCACACUGUACUGUAUGGAGGCAGUACUAUGACUCUCAUCAGCUGCAUCAUCCAAUUUUCUGUCUUUGCUACCACUGAGUCCUCGGAGUGUCUUCUUCUGUCACUGAUGUCUUAUGACCGUUAUCUUGCCAUCUGUAACCCCCUCCGUUAUCACUUCAUUAUGAAUCAUACAUUUUGUGUGACACUGGUAAAUAUUUCUUGGUUGAUUGGUUUCAUGGUGACAUUGAUUGAUGUAAUUUCGUUGCGUAAUCUUCAUUUCUGUAGACCACAUAUUAUUGACCAUUUCUACUGUGACAUUGAACCACUAAUGCAGAUCUCCUGCUCUCACGUAUCCAUAAUCCAUAAAAUAAUAUUGGGAUUUUUAGUUGUAAUUGUGCCUUUCAUAAUAAUUGUGGUGUCCUAUGUGUACAUUGUCAUCACCAUUCUGAAGAUCCCAUCCAAUACAGGAAGACAGAAAGCCUUCUCCACCUGUAGCUCCCACCUCAUUGUGGUUUCCUUAUUUUAUGGAACAUUAAUGAUUGUUUAUAUGUUUCCUACAACGGGACAAUCAUUGACCCUGAGUAAGGUCUUGUCUCUAAGUUAUACUGUGCUGACCCCUCUGCUUAAUCCUAUUAUAUACACGCUGAGGAACAAAGACUUUAAAGAAGCUUUCCACAAACUUAGAACAGUUGUCCUCUUUAAAUAA